CCGCCGCGGGAGGAGCGGAGCGGAGCUCAGCGCGGGGCCGGGCGGCGGCGCGAGGAGAUGAGGAGCCGGCGGCUCUCCGGGGGCAGCGGGCGCCGCUGAUGCGGGCGCGGGGGCUGCGGCUGCUCGCCAGGUACCCGCCCGCCGCCUGCCCGCCGGGGACCAUGUGAGGAGCCGCGGAGCCCACCAAGAUGCAGAAAGGGAUGCGGCUCAAUGACGGGCACGUCACCUACCUGGGGCUGCUGGCGAAGAAGGACGGCGCCAGGAAGGGCUAUCUGAGCAAGCGGAGCUCCGACAACACAAAAUGGCACACCAAGUGGUUCGCGCUGCUGCAGAACAUGCUCUUCUACUUCGAGACCGACUCCAGCUCCCGGCCCUCGGGGCUCUACCUGCUGGAGGGCUGCGUCUGCGACCGGGCGCCCUCCCCCAAGCCCUCCCUCUCGGCCAAGGACUCCCUGGAGAAGCAGCAUUACUUCACCGUGAACUUCAACCAUGAGAACCAGAAGACGCUGGAGCUGCGCACAGAGGAUGCCAAGGACUGUGAUGAGUGGGUGGCAGCCAUUGCCCACGCCAGCUACAGGACCCUGGCCACGGAGCACGAGGCGCUGAUGCAGAAGUACCUCCAUUUACUUCAGAUCGUGGAAACGGAGAAAACUGUUGCCAAGCAACUCCGACAACAGAUUGAGGAUGGGGAAAUCGAGAUCGAGCGCCUGAAGGCGGAGAUCGCUUCCCUGCUGAAGGACCACGAACGCAUCCAGUCGGUGCAGAGCAGCGCGCCCAGCGACGAUGACAGUGACAUCAAGAAAAUCAAAAAGGUGCAGAGCUUCCUGCGUGGCUGGCUGUGCCGCAGGAAGUGGAAGACCAUCAUCCAGGACUACAUCAGGUCCCCGCAUGCCGACAGCAUGCGCAAGAGGAACCAGGUGGUGUUCAGCAUGCUGGAGGCCGAGGCUGAAUACGUGCAGCAGCUGCACAUCCUGGUCAACAACUUCCUGCGGCCGCUGCGCAUGGCUGCCAGCUCCAAGAAGCCGCCCAUCACGCACGAUGAUGUCAGCAGCAUCUUCCUCAACAGCGAAACAAUCAUGUUUUUGCACCAAAUCUUUUACCAAGGCCUGAAAGCGAGGAUAUCCAGCUGGCCGACACUCGUGCUGGCCGACCUCUUUGACAUCCUGCUGCCCAUGCUGAACAUCUACCAGGAGUUUGUGCGGAACCACCAGUACAGCCUGCAGAUCCUGGCGCACUGCAAGCAGAACCGCGACUUCGACAAGCUGCUGAAGCACUACGAGGCCAAGCCCGACUGCGAGGAGCGCACGCUGGAGACCUUCCUCACCUACCCCAUGUUCCAGAUCCCCCGGUACAUCCUGACGCUGCACGAGCUGCUGGCGCACACCCCGCACGAGCACGUGGAGAGGAACAGCCUGGAUUACGCCAAGUCCAAGCUGGAGGAGCUCUCCAGGAUAAUGCACGAUGAAGUGAGUGAGACCGAGAACAUCCGAAAAAAUCUGGCAAUAGAGCGGAUGAUCAUCGAGGGCUGUGAGAUUCUGCUGGACACCAGUCAGACCUUUGUACGACAAGGGUCCCUCAUCCAAGUGCCGAUGUCAGAGAAGGGGAAGAUCACACGCGGGCGGCUGGGCUCUCUGUCACUGCGCAAGGAGGGUGAGCGGCAGUGCUUCCUCUUCUCCAAGCACCUGAUCAUCUGCACACGUGGCUCUGGCGGCAAGCUGCACCUCACCAAGAAUGGCGUCAUCUCCCUCAUCGACUGCACGCUGAUCGAGGAGCAGGAGAGCACUGACGAGGACGCAAAAGCUUCAGGACAGGACAUCGACCAUCUCGACUUCAAGAUUGUGGUGGAGCCGAAGGACGCGUCGUCCUUCACCGUCAUCCUCGUGGCAUCCUCCAGGCAGGAGAAGGCUGCCUGGACCAGCGACAUCAGCCAGUGCGUGGACAACAUCCGCUGCAAUGGGCUCAUGAUGAAUGCCUUCGAGGAGAACUCCAAGGUCACCGUGCCGCAGAUGAUCAAGUCUGAUGCCAGCUUGUAUUGUGAUGAUGUUGACAUUAGGUUCAGUAAAACGAUGAAUUCCUGCAAGGUCCUCCAGAUCCGCUAUGCAAGCGUGGAACGGCUGCUGGAGCGGCUGACAGACCUGCGCUUCCUGAGCAUCGACUUUCUGAACACGUUCCUGCACUCGUACCGCGUCUUCACCACCGCCCUGGUCGUUCUCGACAAGCUCAUCACCAUCUACAAGAAACCCAUCAGCGCCAUCCCUGCGCGGUCCCUGGAGCUGCUGUUUGCCAGCAGCCAGAACACCAAGCUGCUCUACGGCGAGCCCCCCAAGUCCCCCCGCGCCAACCGCAAGUUCUCCUCGCCGCCGCCGCUCUCCAUCACCAAAUCGUCGUCCCCCAGCCGGCGCAGGAAGCUCUCCCUCAACAUCCCCAUCAUCACUGGGGGCAAGGCGCUGGACCUGGCGGCGCUCAGCUGCUCCUCCAACGGCUAUGCAAGCAUGUACUCUUCCAUGGGCCCCUUCAGCAAGACCACCCUGGACAUCAACAAGCUGUACGUGUCCAGCAGCUACCCCAACAAGAUCCCUGAUGAAGGAGAAGCGGCCGCGGAGAAACAGGAGGAGAUGCCGCCAAGCAAGCAGAUGCUGGCAGUGAGCGCUGCCUGCUCACCAGGCUCAGACGUGUCCGUCCGGGAGGAGUCCGACACCGACCCCAACCAGAGCGAUGAGGCGGAGGCUGAAGCUUCACCGACAAAAUCUCCCACCACUCCCAUGUCCGUCAAGUGCAAGAACUCCUCAGAUUUCUCCCUGUUCUCCUACAACAACGGUGUGGUGAUGCCAUCCUGCCGGGAGCUGGACACCACCCGCAGCGCCCUGUCUGCCGCCUCUGCCUUCGCCAUCGCCACGGCGGGCGCCAACGAGGGGACCCCCACCAAGGAGAAGUACCGGCGCAUGUCGCUGGCCAGCGCAGGCUUCCCAACCGACCAGCGGAACGGGGACAAGGAGUUCGUCAUCCGGAGAGCAGCCACCAACAGGGUCCUCAAUGUGCUGCGGCACUGGGUCUCCAAGCACUCGCAGGACUUUGAAACAAAUGAAGAGCUGAAGUUCAGGGUGAUCAGCUUUCUGGAGGAGGUGAUUCACGACCCCGAGCUCCUGACUCAGGAGAGGAAAGCAGCCGCAAACAUCAUCAGAACUCUGACACAGGAGGACCCGGGGGACAACCAGACCACGCUGGAGGAAGUGGUGCAGAUGGCUGAGGGAGUCAAAGCGGAGCCCUUUGAGAAUCACUCGGCGCUGGAGAUAGCAGAACAGCUGACGCUGCUCGACCACCUGGUCUUCAAGAAGAUCCCCUACGAGGAGUUCUUCGGGCAGGGCUGGAUGAAGCUGGAGAAGAACGAGCGGACGCCGUACAUCAUGAAGAACACGAAGCACUUCAAUGAUGUCAGCAACUUGAUUGCGUCCGAGAUCCUGCGCAACGAGGAGCUGACAGCGCGCGUCAGCGCCAUCGAGAAGUGGGUGGCGGUGGCCGACAUCUGCCGCUGCCUGCACAACUACAACGCCGUGCUGGAGAUCACCUCCUCCCUCAACCGCAGCGCGAUCUUCCGCCUGAAGAAAACCUGGCUGAAGGUCUCCAAGCAGACGAAGGCUCUGAUCGACAAGCUGCAGAAGCUGGUGUCCUCAGAGGGGAGGUUCAAGAACCUGAGGGAGGCGCUGAAAAACUGCGACCCCCCGUGUGUGCCCUACCUGGGGAUGUACCUGACCGACCUGGCCUUCAUCGAGGAGGGCACCCCCAACUACACUGAGGAUGGGCUGGUGAACUUCUCCAAAAUGAGGAUGAUUUCCCACAUCAUCAGAGAGAUCCGCCAGUUCCAGCAAACUUCCUACAAGAUCGAGCACCAGCCCAAGGUGACGCAGUACCUGCUGGACCAGUCUGGAGUGAUGGACGAGGAGGCCCUCUAUGGGGCUUCCCUGCGGAUGGAGCCCAAGCUGCCUUCCUGAGCCGGGCGCUUUGCCCCCGCUGUACAUAGCUGUGUUCCCGUUGGAUGCCGGAGUGCCCCCCCCCCUCCGUGUGCGCUUCCCCCAGCAGCCC